CGCUGCCGUUACCCGUCGCCUCGCGCGCUCGCCCAAAAUGGCGAGCAGGGAAGCGCUGGAGGACACGGUGGAGGAGCGCGUCAUCAGCGAGGAGUACAAGAUCUGGAAGAAGAACACCCCCUUCCUCUACGACCUGGUGAUGACGCACGCGCUGGAGUGGCCCAGCCUCACGGUGCAGUGGCUGCCCGACGUGACCAGGCCAGAAGGAAAGGAUUAUGCUCUGCACUGGCUGGUUUUGGGAACACACACCUCUGAUGAGCAGAACCACCUGGUUGUUGCAAGAGUCCAGAUUCCCAAUGAUGAUCAGUUUGACACCUCUCAGUAUGACAGUGAGAAAGGAGAGUUUGGUGGCUUUGGAUCUGUGACUGGCAAAAUUGAAACGGAGAUUAAAAUUAACCAUGAAGGCGAAGUAAAUCGGGCUCGUUACAUGCCUCAGAAUCCCUCCAUCAUCGCUACAAAAACGCCAUCUGCUGAUGUGUUGGUAUUUGAUUACACUAAACAUCCUUCAAAACCAGACACAAGUGGAGAGUGCAAUCCUGAUCUUAGAUUAAGAGGGCACCUGAAAGAAGGAUAUGGCUUAUCAUGGAACUCCAAUUUGAGUGGACAUCUUCUGAGUGCAUCAGAUGACCAUACUGUCUGUUUAUGGGAUAUAAAUGCAGGACCAAAAGAAGGCAAAGUUGUUGAUGCAAAAGCCAUCUUUACUGGGCAUUCUGCAGUUGUAGAAGAUGUGGCUUGGCAUCUCCUCCAUGAAUCUCUCUUUGGAUCUGUGGCUGAUGAUCAGAAGCUAAUGAUCUGGGACACAAGAUCUAAUACUACAUCUAAGCCAAGUCACUGUGUAGAUGCUCACACAGCUGAGGUCAACUGCCUGUCCUUCAAUCCUUACAGCGAGUUUAUUCUAGCAACUGGCUCCGCUGACAAGACCGUGGCUUUGUGGGAUCUUCGAAACUUAAAAUUGAAACUUCAUUCUUUUGAGUCUCAUAAGGAUGAAAUUUUUCAGGUGCACUGGUCCCCUCAUAAUGAAACAAUUCUUGCUUCAAGUGGUACUGAUCGUCGGCUUAAUGUAUGGGAUCUAAGCAAAAUUGGAGAAGAGCAGUCUGCAGAGGAUGCAGAGGAUGGACCUCCUGAACUUCUGUUUAUUCAUGGAGGACACACUGCCAAAAUUUCUGACUUCAGUUGGAAUCCUAAUGAGCCUUGGGUAAUCUGUUCUGUAUCAGAGGACAACAUAAUGCAAAUAUGGCAAAUGGCAGAAAACAUUUACAAUGAUGAAGAACCGGAUAUAGCUGCAGCAGAACUGGAAGGUCAAGGAACGUAAAUUUUCUUCCUUAAGGAAGUUCUGUGGCAUAGGAAUAUAAUCCGAGUGCUAUAUACGUUAAGACUAUUCCUGUUUGGCUGUAAUGCUUUUUCCCAAUGCUUGAUUUUUGUCAGGCACAAAAGGCUUGUAUAGCCAAGAUGCAAUGAGAGAUUCUGGGUUCUGGGCGCUCUGGCUGUUGUAUACUGUACAGCAUUUAGCUUCUAGGGAAGAGGAGAAGGGCUGAAUACUUAUGUCUAUAUUUUUAAACCAACUUAGCUUAGUAGCACCCUGUAAAUAAGACAGCUAAAUGCUCACUCUUCUU